AAUUUAAAGCUUUCCCUUCCUUCCCUUCCUUUUAUCUUAAUUAUCCAAACAUAAAAUAAUACAAUCCUUCCCUUCCCUUCCCCUUCCUCAUUUUUAUUUAUCCAAACAACAUUAAUACAAAUCAUUUCCUUCCAUUUUCUUCCCUUCCCUUUCUUUUCCUUCCCCUCCAUUUCCUUUCAUUUUCCCCCAUCCCCCUCCCUUCCCUUCCCUUUACUAUUUUCUAUCCAAACAAGGCGUAAAUAAAGCAAAAUCUUUGAAUUUAUCAUGGGUAUUGGAGUUUCAACGUGGUUUUUGUUGAUGAUAAUUGAGAAGUUGUAUCCAGAUGUCAAGUAUGGGAAGCGUAUGCAUGUUCUGCUGAUAGAUGAUACUAUUGAAGGGGUUACUGGGAAUCUGUUGGAUGCAUACCUGAAACCUUAUUUCUUGGAGGCUUAUCGCCCUGUGAGGAACAAUGAUCUCUUCUUUGUCAGAGGAGGGAUGAGAACUGUGGAGUUUAAGGUCAUUGAGACUGAUCCGGAGGAGUAUUGUGUGGUUGCACCAGACACUGAAAUAUGUUGUGAGGGGGAACCUGUUGGAAGAGAGGAUGAAGAUAGAUUGGAUGAAGGUGGUUAUGAUGAUGUGGGCGGUGUUAGGAGGCAAAUGGCUUGGAUUCAUGAGUUAGUGGAGUUGCCUCUAAGGUAUCCUAAACUUUUUAAAUCAAUUGGUGUUGAACUGCCUAGAGGAAUUCUACUUUAUGGACCCCCACAUUCUGGAAAGGCUAUUAAUAGCCAGACGCUAAUGAAAUUGGUGCUUUCUUCUUCUGUAUUAAUGGUCCGGAGGUUAUGUCCAAAUUGGCUGGAGAAAGUGAAAGCAAUCACAGGAAGGCUUUUGAAGAAGCUGAGAAGAAUGGUCCAUCCAUCAUCUUUAUUGAUGAGAUUGAUUCAAUUGCUCCAAAGAGGGAUUGAUUCAAUUGCUCCAAAGAGGGAGAAGACCCAUGAUGAAAUCAAUAUUGGUGUUCCAGUUGAAGUUGGUCCUCUUGAGGUUCUUUGCAUCCUUAUGAAGAUUAUGAUGCUUUCUGAUGAUGUGGAUCGAGAAAGGAUUGCAAGUGACACUCCUGGUUAUGUUUUUGCUGACCUUGCCACUUUAUGUACUGAAGCUGCAUUUCAGUACAUCAGAGAAAAGAUAGAUGUCAUUGACUUGGAUGAUGAAUCCAUUGAUGCAGAGAUACUUAAUUCAAUGGCAGUUGCUAGUGAGCACUUUCAAACUGCUCUUGAAACAAGCAACCCCUCUGCUCUGCGUGAAACAGUGGUUGAAGUGCCUAAUGUCACCUGGGAGGACAUUGGAGGCCUUCACAACAUUAAGAGGGAACUUCAAGAGACUGUCCAAUAUCCUGUGGAGCACCCAGAGAAGUUUGAGAAAUUUGACAUGCUAUUGCAAGUGAGUGCCAAGCAAACUUUAUCAGUGUCAAAAGGCCCUGAACUGCUGACUGUGUGGUUUGGUGAGAGUGAGGCCAAUGUUAGAGAAAUAUUUGACAAGGCUCAGCACUCUGCACCAUUUGUGCUUUUCUUUUAUGAGCUUGAUUCCAUUGCUACUCAGAGGGGAAGCGGUGUUGUUGAUGCUGGUUGUGCAGCUGAUCGGCCUGGGCGUCUUGACCAGUUGAUCUAUAUUCCUCUUCCAGAUGAGGAAUCACGAUAUCGGAUCUUCAAAGCCUGUUUGAGAAAAUCGCCUGUUGCUAAGGACGUUGAUUUGAGAGCACUGGCCAGGUAUACUCAAGGUUUUAGUGGUGCUGAUAUUACUGAGAUUUGCCAGCAAGCAUGCAAGUCUGCCAUUAGAGAGAAGAUUGAGAAGGACAUAGAGAGGGAGAGAAGGAGAAGGGAGAAUCCUGAAGUCAUGGAUGAGGAUGUUGAGGAUGAAGUCGCAGAGAUUAAGGCUGCUCAUUUUGAAUAGUCCAUGAAGUUUGCCCCUAGAAGUGUCAGUGUGCAAAUACCAGGCAUUUGCACAGACCUUGCAGCAGUCUCGGGGUUUUAGAAUUGAAUUUAGGUUUCUAGAGACUGGCACCAGCACCACAGCCACCGCAUCUGAUCCAUUUUCAACUUCUGCUGGUGGUGCUGACAAAGAUUAUCUGUAUAGUUAAAUCAAGUUCGCUAAACAUCUGUCUUUAGUGUAAUGAAAUUUUUUCUACUCUUCCUAUCUGGUAUGAUUUAUGCCAUUUGGGAUUUGAGUUUGACAAAUUAAUCUUCAGCUUAGAGUCCUCUUCUUACGGUCAGUUUGGGUUGGAGGAUUUGGAAGGAAAGGAGAGCCCUCCCUCUCCUUUAAAGUCAAAGAUUAUUUGUGCAACACCACCAAGAGCGGCAUGCGCAAUGAAAUAAAUUGUAAUUACAAGU